AUGCCACCAGAUCUGGUGCCGCAAGCUAGCGGGCGAGACGCCAUGUGGAACAGGGGUCAUGGCCUGAAGAGCCCCUGGCUAAGGUCAGUCGUUGCCCCUAGCGGUCCCUGA